AUCAUAAAGUGGGAAUAGACCAAUAAGAGCUUUUAAAUGGUUAAGUAAGAAUCCAUGUCAAGCACCAUUUUCUCUCUCCUAAGAAUGCACCACGUGUUUUACUUGAAUCAGGUUGAAACUCUGUAAUGACCGCCUCCUUCCCUUUCUUCUCCGCCAAAACUCUUUGCGUCCCCAAACUCUAUAUAUUACGCCACAUCUCCCACCACUCUUUUACCACCGCCACUCUUCUCUUAAACAAACAAUUCACUGCUUCUUCUUCUUCUUCUUCUUGGUCUCACUACCAGUAGAAGCAGUGAAAGCGAAGAAAAAGAGGAAUUAAGAAGAGAAGAGAAGACAGGCACAGCAAAGUCCAAGCUUUUUCUCCUUUCUGAAUUCUGUUGGACAAGCCAUGGCGUCCUCCAUGUCCUUGUUCGUCUCUUCUAGUAGCAAUCAAACGGUAAAUCCCCAAAAACGUCGGUUAAAACAGAGCUCCAGGCCAUUCAAUCUCAUCCAACCAAAUUCAAUUAAAUUAGUCCGCAGCCGUCAGGUAAACGCCGGGCCAGUCCAUUGCUCUACCACUCCUAAUUCCGUCCUCGGAAUCGCAACCCCUACACCUUUCUUCCCUUCACCGUCCUCAUGCCCCGUGGAAGGCCCCCCCUCGCCGGCCAGCAAGCCGGCCCGCCCAAAAUGGAAUAUUUUUCAGCGAGCGGCGGCCAAGGCACUGGAUGCCGUGGAAGACGGCUUAAUCGUUAACGUGCUUGAGCGCGGACACCCUCUCCCAAAGACUGCCGAUCCCGCCGUCCAGAUCGGCGGCAAUUUCGCCCCUGUUGGCGAGCAAGAGCCCCACCAUGACCUUCCUGUCGAAGGCCGCAUCCCUCCCUUCAUUAACGGCGUCUACCUCCGCAACGGCGCUAACCCUCUUUUCGAGCCCGUCGCCGGACACCACUUUUUCGACGGCGAUGGAAUGGUACAUGCCGUCCAUCUCAGCAACGGCCGCGCCUCUUACGCCUGCCGCUUCACCGAAACAGAGCGGCUUAAGCAGGAGCGCGACGUGGGUCGGGCAAUUUUCCCAAAAGCCAUCGGUGAGCUCCACGGCCAUUCGGGCAUCGCCCGCCUACUCCUCUUCUACGCCCGCGGCAUCCUCGGUCUCGUCGAUCCCUCGCGAGGAACCGGCGUCGCCAACGCCGGCCUCGUUUAUUUCAACAACCGCCUCCUCGCCAUGUCUGAGGACGACCUCCCUUACCAUGUCAGCAUCAACCCCGACGGCGACCUUGAGACCGCCGGGCGCUUCGACUUCGAUGGCCAGCUGACCUCCACCAUGAUCGCGCAUCCGAAGCUCGAUCCGGAGACCCGCGAGCUCUUCGCGCUCAGCUACGAUGUCAUUAAAAAGCCGUAUUUGAAGUACUUCCGCUUCUCCCCGAGUGGGGUGAAAUCAGCAGAUGUAGAAAUUCCUUUGGCGCAGCCCACCAUGAUGCACGACUUCGCCAUCACGAAGAAUUUCGUCAUCGUCCCCGAUCAGCAGGUGGUUUUCAAGCUUCAAGAAAUGAUUUGCGGCGGCUCGCCGGUUGUCUACGACAAGGAGAAGACCUCGCGGUUCGGUGUGCUUCCCAAGUAUGCCGUCGACGCGUCGGAGAUGCGGUGGGUCGACGUGCCGGACUGCUUCUGCUUCCACCUCUGGAAUUCGUGGGAGGAGCCAGAAACAGAGGAAGUCGUUGUCAUCGGCUCCUGCAUGACCCCGCCAGAUUCCAUCUUUAACGAGUCGGAGGAGAAUCUCCAGAGCGUGCUAACGGAAAUCCGACUUAAUCUCCGAACGGGAAAAUCGACCCGACGGCCCGUUCUUCGUCCUGGGGAGGCGCAGAUAAAUCUCGAGGCCGGAAUGGUGAACCGGAACCAGCUCGGACGGAAGACCCGGUUCGCGUACCUCGCGAUCGCAGAGCCCUGGCCCAAGGUGUCGGGGUUCGCCAAGGUCGACCUGUCCACGGGCGAGUUAAAGAGAUUCGAGUACGGCGAGGGGAGGUACGGCGGCGAGCCGUACUUCGUACCGCGUGAGGGCGGCGAGCGGGAGGACGACGGGUAUGUUCUCGCCUUCGUACAUGACGAGCGCUCCGGUAGUUCGGAGCUGCUAAUAGUUAACGCCGCCGACAUGAGAUUGGAGGCUGCUGUACGACUGCCGUCGAGGGUUCCAUACGGAUUCCACGGAACAUUCGUCGGCGCACGUGAGCUCCAAUCACAGGCGGCGUGAGCUGAAGAACUUUUGCUUUAUUACAGCGAGGGGAAUUUAUCAGAGGGAUUGGCUGUUAGGUCCCCGGAGUUCUCCUUCGCACAAAUAGUGGUAGUUCAGUUUGUUCUUUCCAUUUCUUUUGAUGGAGAAGGGAGUCCAGCUUGUAGCUUUUGUUGAUGUAGCUAUAGAAUUGACGAGCUCAGCUGGUCUCCUGUUUAUUUUUGUUCUUUUGCCAUAAUGGCUUUGGGGCUUUUUGUUCUGUGGCUACAGAAUUCAGGAGUUAAUAAUGUUCCAUUCCCUUCCCUGUAUAGUGGGAAUUCAGGGGCUCUCUCCCCCCUGCUUUUUCUCUGUUGUAUAUACCAUUCAGAGUACAGAUGCUUCAUUGUUGAUAUAUUUGAAACUAUGUAAUUGCUUGAUUA